ACUUCAGCUGGCUAGUAGAAUGGCGCCCUUUCCCUUGAGCGAGGAUCUUUUGGAGCUGGUGCUUGCUAAGCUACUCGACGCCAAGGUCAGGGACUCGUGUUCCUUGGUCUGCAGAGCCUUCAGGGCAGCGGAGCGCCGGACCAGACACAGCCUGCGCCUGCACUGCAUGAAAAGGCAGAUUGAGCACACGCCGACGUGCUUUCAGUGGGUCACGUCGCUGGACAUCAGCGACAUUGUGCCUCGUGACCGAGGAGCGAGUAGAUGCACGUUUGAGCAGUUCUCGCACCUGGGAAGGUGCUUUCCAACGGUUCGGAUGGUUACUUGUUAUGAUGGCCGGAAUUUUGCGGGCACUGGGCCGCUGCCAUUUGGUGGAGUUUGGCCUGACCUUCAGGAAGUCCUCUUCAAGGAUGUUAGUUGCCCAGUGGACGAGGACCAGGCAUCAUCUCUCCUUGAGCGAGCCGGCCGGGGGCCUCUGAUUGUGACGGACCUGCACAAGCCCCCAAACCCAGGGCGAGUAGGGCUGCUGCUGAAGGAGGUGCAUUUCGUUCAAUUCGUGGGCGACUCCUUGCUCAAGGCUCUGGCCAAUGCAAGCCUCUCCAGUCUUGAAACUAUCAACCUCCAGCUGGAAAACAGUUGCUCGCUUUACCUCCUGCUUCAGGUGCUAUCUGUAGAGAGUUGUCCGUGGCUCCGCACCCUGAAUCUGGAGGUCCUCACUUGGGGGGAUGAUUCCGAUUCAGAGAGCACGGACGAGGACAAGCCAGAGCUCUUUACAGAUGCUAACCUAGGCAUGCUGUUCGCGCAACUGCCAUUGCUUACAGCUCUGGAGCAGCUCAGCUUGUUUGGCCUGUCCGAUGUCUCGCUAGACUGGUUCUGUCGUCAGCUCACGUCCAUCCUUGGAGACUGCCGCAACUUACGCAGCUUGUACGUGGAUCUUUGGUGUGAGGAGGGGGAGAUAUCCCAUCAGGAGGCCAAAGUGGUCCUUGAGAGCAUUGCUAAGGCGGCACCACCAACUCUUACCCAUCUGAAUCUGACGAACUCUCGGGUAAUCCCAGUUCCUAGUGGCAGACGGAUCUUUGAGCUAGGCACCGCUUUCUGGCCCUUCAAUCAGCUCUUGACGAGGUUGGACUGCAGUUUCUUUGCUUCCGCCGAACGCAAGUAUCGAUUUACUGGCUGGGAUAGGUUGGAACACCUCACGCUAGGUCGUGAGUCGGUGGUGGGGUUGUUGUCUUAUGGCACCCAACUUGUGAUCGUCUGCCCUUCCCUGAAGAUUUUCGGGUUCGAGACAGACUUCUAUGUGAAUCUGACGUUUGAGGGCAAGCACGACCACCUUGCGACUCUGAAUAUUUGCAUGAGAGUUGUUUUGCAGACAUGAGUGAUAGAGCUGGCGUCCAACGUUGCGUCCAUUUGAUAUCAGACAGUCUCGGAAGGCUAGGGGCUUUGACUGACUUGACCAUCUCCGCGGCCUUUUGUAGCAAUUUCUAUGUUGAUAGGAGCGUCACAAAGGCGUUGGCUAGCCUCACGUCCCUCAAAAUCCUGACGAUAGCAACACCCUGGUGUGAGGACGACCCUCUGAACCCUUCAAACUUCGACGAGUUCUUGACUUGUCCGUCUCUAAGAGAGUUGCACGUACCCGAAAUUGAAGGGAAGCAAGUAUUGGACUUUUAUGAUAGAUUCUACGAUCAUGUAUAGAGUAAGUUGAUCGGGUAUGUAAGGCCAGGCCACUGGCAAGGACGCAGGCGAUUAUGACUUGCUCUAGUGAUUCAUUCC